AUCCGUGCAGGAAGUGUGUGCGGGGCAGAGACGGAAACUGCGACCAAAGGAUCCAGCAUAAUGAGAGAGGGAGAUUGGGAAGAAAGAGAGAGAGAGAGAGAAAGAGAAUAAAAGAGAAGUGGAGAAGCAAGGGAGAAACCCAGCAAAACUUUGAGUGCAAGAUGUGGAAAGCAGCUGCAGGCCGGACUAUUUCUGUGUCAGCACCAGAUGAUGGCGAUGAUUGGGAUACAGAUCCUGACUUUGUGAACGACUUGUCUGAAAAGGAGCAGCGAUGGGGUGCCAAGACGGUGCAAGGAUCCGGACACCAGGCCCACAUAAACUUGCAGGAGCUCAGAGAAAAUGUCUCCCAGGAGCAUAAAUCACUCAAACAGAAAGAAUUAGCAGACGGGCCUAAAGCUUCGCACGGAUACGGCGGGAAAUUUGGCGUCCAGGACGAUCAUAUGGAUAAGUCAGCUGUCGGGCACGAGUACAUCGCCAAACUUUCCAAGCACUGUUCUCAGACGGACUCGGCGAAAGGAUUCGGAGGGAAGUUUGGCUUGCAGAAGGACCGGGUGGACAAGUCUGCUGUGGGUUUUGAAUAUGAAGGCAAGACCGUCAAACACUCAUCGCAGAAAGAUUAUUCCAAAGGAUUUGGUGGCAAGUAUGGAGUGGAAAAGGAUAAGGUGGACAAGAGUGCCGUUGGCUUUGAAUACCAAGGGAAAACUGAGAAGCACGAGUCGCAGAAAGAUUACGUCAAAGGUUUCGGUGGGAAGUUUGGCGUCCAGACCGAUCGACAAGACAAAAACGCCUUUGGCUGGGACCACCAGGAGACCACUCAGUUGCACGAAUCGCAGAAAGACUAUAAGAGAGGUUUCGGCGGGAAGUACGGUGUUGACACCGAGAAUCAGGAUAAAUCUGCGGUGGGCUUCGAGUACAAGGAGGAGCUGUCCAAGCACGAGUCUCAACAAGAUUACUCGAAGGGAUUCGGUGGCAAAUACGGAGUGCAGAAGGACCGGAUGGACAAGAGUGCAGCCUCCUUUGAUGAUAUAGAGCGGCUGUCACCAGCUUAUCAGAAGACUAAGCCAGUGGAAGCAGCCAACGCCAGUGCCAGCAGCAUCCGCUCCAAGUUUGAGAACAUCGCUAAAGCGAAGGAGGAGGAAGAUCGGAAGAAGGUCGGAGAGGAGCGAGCUCGGCGCCAGGCUGGCGAGAGGAAAGAACAGGAAGAGGCCAAGAGGAAACUGGAGGAAGAAGAAUCCGUGAGGAAGCCGUCUCCAGUGUCCGUGCCAGUGCCAGCGCCCGCACCCACCCCUGCUCCAGCCCCUGCCCCUGCCCCUGCUCCAGCCCCUGUGAUCACUCCAUCUCCCACUCCUGCACCCGUGGAGCAACCAAGAGUGCCCAACACUAUUUACGAGACGCCCUUGAAGGAAGACGAGGAAGCUGCGGAAGAGAGGUAUGAUGGGGACAUCUACAGCGCAGAACUCCAGGCAGAUGUGGAGGAGCCGCAGUACCAGGAGGCUGUGUACGAGCAGGAGGCAGUGUACCAGAUGCCUGAUGAAAGUCAGGUCGACCAACAAGAUGAGCCCACUUAUGCAGAGUAUGGGAAUGAGUAUGGAAUAACUGCAGUGGCCCUCUAUGACUACCAAGCUGCUGGUGACGAUGAGAUUUCCUUUGACCCGGACGACAUGAUUACCAGCAUUGAGAUGAUCGACGAGGGGUGGUGGCGGGGAGAAUGCAGAGGCAGAUACGGACUCUUCCCUGCAAACUACGUUGAGCUGAAGCAGUGAAGUGCUUUUCCCCGCUGGUGUCCUUCGAAUGUGCAAUUCCGAAUCGAUGCGGCAUGAAUUGUGUUCAGUUUGGGAAUAAAGUUUUUUUUUCUUUUUCUCCCGAGAGUUGCAAUUAUGCAUCGCGUCAUCACAAGAACGUCUUUAAAAGCCCCAGGGCUGGGAGCUUCGGGUUAAUGUUCCACUUGCCUUUGGAAAGGGGAGCAUUGCUGACCAACAGAGAAAGGUUGAAUGCACUUUCUAAUCAAGGGCAACAUCUACCAGUAGUACCAACAUGGCAUCCACAUGGGAAGUCUGACGUCAACAAUGGGUGCUUACUGCACAUCAAAGCCAAAUGCUUCUCAAUGACCAACUUAGGUGUUUAACUGAAAUGAAUACGGUUGUUUAUCAUUGCUAACUUUAUUCCUAGUUUUAGCCUUGCCUUUCAUUUGAAAUCUUUAUUGUCCCACUUGCUAAUAGUGAAAGCAUUGAAUUCAUAUUAUCUUUUAGUUUUUACCUCUUUGCCUUUGUUUUGGAGACUUGUUUUCUGCUUAGAACUGUGUUCUCUGCAUCAGAAAUGGCUUUGGGUUUUUUAAUAAAAGUUGCCUUUUUCAAUACUGUUCAUCAAGAAUUAAACUGGUUUUAUUGCACUACC